AUGGCGUCGAGUCUGACAGUCAAAGUGCACCCAGUGGUCUACAUGACUAUGGUGGAUUCGUAUGAGCGAAGAGCUCGUUCUAAAGGAAGUGACAAAGCUCUGGGUACUUUGUUGGGCUUCUACGAGAAGAAUGUUGUUCAAGUGAGUUUCUAUUAAUAAAGUUUCAAAAUAAUUCUUGUUUUUAAAGUAUUUUUUUACCUGAUAAAUUACGAUUAAUCACGAUUGCUUUGUUUUCAGAUAACGAACUGCUACUCGAUCCCGUUCAGAGAUACUCCGGAAGUCCAAGAGUUGGACGACGUCUUCAACAAACAGAUGUGGAACUUCUGUCGUCGUGCCACUCCUUCUGAACAAAUUGUAGGAUGGUUUGUCACGACUGGGGAGGUGACCGAAGGGUGCAACUUGUUUUACAACUACUACACCAACUUGGUCAAUGAAAUCGCUGUUAAAAAGGAGCUGCCUCCGAUUGUUUUGUUGACUUUGGAUAUCACUUUCCAAGGUCCUACCAAAGGACGGCUACCGGUUAGAGCUUACACUAGGUAUGUUGUUGGAAAUUUUACAGUAACGUGUUGAGGGAAAGUUGCACUUAGUCAUGCUUUAUCAUUGUUUGCGUAUUGUGCGAAUUAUAGGUGUUUUUUGGAUUAUAAUAUCAAUAUUUGUUUAUCUUGUUUUCGAAUUAUAAUGUUCUUAAUCUGAUGAUUACAUUUGUUUGUUUUAGAUGUGAUGGUGGAGUACCUGGCCAGAGUCCGCAUGCAGCCAUCUUCCAUCCUUUGAAAGUUGAAAUGGACGCAUUUCCUGGUGAAAGCAUUGCUCUUAAUGUUAUUCAGGUAAUAUUAGUGUAUUAUUCAUGUUUACAUUGGCUUUAAUCAUGUUCAAGUGGUUCGGUUGUUGCAUAACCACUCUUUAUGUACAGGAAUGUUUAUAAUAUUUAUAUUUUUUAAACUUACAUUUUUAGAAUGGAAUUUACACUGACAGAAGAGAAGUGUUCUUAAACGGUGACGAUGAUCUACGUAAUCUGACUGAGACAAGUGAGAACCUGGUCAAAUGGCUGGAGAGAAUCCUGAGCUAUGUAGAGGAUGUCUUAGGGAAGGCCGAGCCAACCGCCGAAGACCAGGCUUUUGGUCGAAAGCUGAUGAACAUUGUUAACAUCGCCGCCACUCAAUUGCAAUCCGAGAAGCUGGACACGCUAGUAAAGGGCAGCAUUCGUGAUUACAUGAUGGUAUCCUACCUGUCGCAGUUGGCCAAGACCCAGCUGGCCAUUCAAGAAAAGUUGUUGACAAACUAA